UGACAACCUUGUGAUGUACAACAUGGUGCUUCAGAAUGGUGGAUGACGAACUCUAAGAACCCAGUGGGAGAUGACAAAUGCAAGGCUGGCCAAGACAGUGGAAGAGGGAGCUGCACACAAGAUGCACUUCUUGAGCUUCCUUCUUACCUUUGUCAUUGCAAUGACCCUGUCCAGUGCCCAGUGUUUUUAUGAAUCCAUCCCAGACAAGCAAGUAUCCAACGAAAAAGGCUGCUUUAGGGAUGGAGAGAUGCAUGACUUUGGUGUCUACUGGUACACCAAGGAUUGCUUACGCUGUUAUUGCACUCGAGAAGUAGUGUCCUGUUGCAACAUAGCACUCACCCCUGUUGGCUACGACCAAGAGAAAUGCGAGUCUGUUUUCGAUGUGGAAUCCUGCAGCUACCAGGUGAGGGGGAAAGUCAACCCUCUCCAGAAAUGUGAAGUUGAGAGCUGGGUGAUUUAA